UGGAGUAAGAACACCAGGGUGAGCCAAUCAGAGGCAGAAAAAGGAAGAGGGGCGGGAGCCAAUCAGAGGCAGAGAAAGGCAGAGGGGGCGGGACAUUCCUUCGCCGUCCUAGGAAUCGGAUCCGCGGCAGUGAGAGGCGUGACGUGCCGGAACAGCAUCUCCAGGAUGGCAGGUCCUCCUGUCGGGCGCUCGGCUCUCUGUUCCGGGAUCAAACCCCCGGCCCUUUGAGGAUGAUGGACGCUGUGAUCCCGCCGGGCCGUGGCUCCAGAACCAGAACCAGAACCAGGACCAGGACCAGGAUGGAGCCCAGAACCUCCGCGUACUGCGGACCGACGCUCGCUGUGACCCUGCUGGUGGCCGCCACGCUGGUUUCCAUGGUGACAUCAAGCUCACCUGCUGCAGGUGUGUUGGACUUCAACAGGACGGGGGAGUCUCCGUUACCCCCCUCCCCACCCCCUCCCAGCCCCCCCUCAGACUCUGGUUACCGCGGUAACAGCGGCGGCGCUCAGGGGAUCCACCUCCUGCUGAGACCUCCAGACCUGCUGUCCCCCAGCCUCCCCCCUCCCCUGCCCCCCCAUGCCCAGCCCACCCUCACCCCUCCACCCCCCUCCCUGGAGGAGGCGUGGGGCUCCGGGGACUACCUUGAGACGCUGUCCUUCGAGGAGCUUGCGCUCGCCACGCCAUUGCCUAGCAACCCAUAUGACAACGACGACAGCGACGACGCCGACUGGGUCUCCUACGACACGGCCUUCCCCGCCCGGCCCACCCUCCCCCUCUCCUCCCGCCUCCCUCUCUCCCCCUCCUCCCCCUCUGUUACCCCCAGCAUCCCGCUGCACACAAGCCCCGCCCACCCGGACGUCUUCCCCACCUGGGACGAGGACUACGACCUCGAGGACUUAACGCCUCUGCAGCCAACGGAGCUGCUGCUGCCUGACAUGAACAGUAUGGAGUACUACACCAACCUGCUUCAGAGAGAGAGAGAGAGGGAGAAGGAGAGGGAGAGGGUCUUCCAGACUGACUCCAAACCCCGCAUCACUCCCACAACAACUCUCCCUCCCUCAACUCUCCCCCCCUCAGAACGGGACCCCGUGCGUCCCCCAGAGGGUCCCACCCCUCCCCUCACCCUCUCCCCUUUCCUCCCUCCCCCACCGUUACCCACCAUCAGAACUGCUCCUAACCCCAGAGACACUGCCCCCACCCCGGGCCGACCUCCGCCUCGCCCGGUGCCGUCCAACACCACCGGCUGGGUGCCCCCCCCUCCCCCGCUGGGCCCGCCCACCCGCCCCGACAGACCGGAGAGGCCGUCGGGGAAGGCUCCGCCCCCCACCACCCAGAUCCCCCCCAUCAGCCUGACCAGAGCGCCAGCCCAGGCUCCGCCCCCCAGGCUGUACCUGUGCAACGCCACCAAACCGGAGAUGUACCUGGUCCGAGUGGUCAGUUCCAAAAGUUCUCCGGCCGGUUUCACCACCGUCAGAGAACUUCUGAAGAGAGAGUUCAACCGCUCGGUGGAGCUGCAGUUCCUGCGAACGCCGUCCAGCUUCGCCUUCCGCGUUGUGUCAGGACCGCUGAUCUUCACCGCCAUCUCCGUCAUCAACACCCUGCGCCAGGCGCCGCGCAGCGUGGGCCCCGUCCCCGGCGUGGCGCCGCUCUACAGCGUGCCGGACCGCCGCUACCACAUCCACUCGGUGCUGCAGUUCGUCCCCGCCCACGUGGACGUCCGCGUCUGUAACUUCAGCGAACGCAUCGAGAGAGGGCUGAUGAUGGCGUACGCCGAGACACAGCGGCGCGCACACGAGGCGGGAAACGCCUCCGUACAGCUGUUGAACAUCAGCAUGUUGGCACCCCGGCCGCCGGCAGUGGCGCCGGAGCAGAAGGUUUCCGUGGACAUCACCUUUGCGGUGCGAGAUGGGCGGGACUUCCUGCCGGGGUCAGAGGUCAGCGAACACCUGAGGAAGCUCAGCCUGGUGGAGUUCAGCUUCUACGUGGGAUUUCCAGCGCUGCAGAUCGCAGAACCGUUCCACUACCCCGAGCUGAACACCACUCACCACCUGCGCUACACCUGGGUCCGCACAGUGCUGCUGGGCGUGGAGGAUCAGCUGGUGUCUGCGAGGAGUUUUAAAGCUCGUCUGGAGCGUCGUCUGGCUCUGCUGCUGGAGGAGGGCCUGCAGGCGGCCAGCAGGGGGCGCUGGAGGAGAGCUACAGCCGCUGGCAACAACAGUCUGCAGGUGGUGCGGGUGGCGAGGCUGUCGGGGGGGCAGCGCCCCCUGGAGGUGUUGUACUUCGUGGAGGGUCCGGGGGGGGAGCGUGUCCCGGCGGAGGAGACGGCGCGCGCCCUGAACCGCCUGGAGCUGCAGAGAGCCGCCAUCGUCCUGGGCCACCGCGUCCAGAGACCCCUCGCCCAGCCGGUGGAGACGCUGUCCGUCCCCCCUGCGGAGACGCAGAGCGGCAGCGUGUGGUUGGUUGUGGGCGUGGUCGUCCCCGUGCUGCUCGCCGUCUUCAUCAUCAUCAUCCUCUACGUCAAGCUGUGUGUCUCCGAGAAGCUGGAGUUCCAGCCGGACGCCAUCAGCACCAUCCAGCAGAGACAGAAGCUGCAGGCUCCGAGCGUGAAAGGUUUUGACUUUGCGAAGCUCCACCUGGGUCAGAGCAGUAAAGAUGACAUCAUGGUGAUCCAGGAGCCUGGCCCCGCCCCCGCCAAGGAGGCCACGCCCCCCGACGCAGCCGCCGCUGACCUCAACACGCCCAAAUCUAAAGGCUCGUCCACCAAGGCGCCGCGCUCCGGCCGGCGCUACCGGGGAGGGCUCAGCCCGUCAGACGCAGACUCGUUAGGCAGCGACCAAUCGAGCGGCAGAGAAUCGGCAGAAGAGAGCACCCGGCCCGUGGCCACGCCCAGCGAGGGGAAACACAGGAAGACGCCGAGAAACGGGAGGAACAAGAUGGGCAGCGGUGCAGACGAGCUUCUCUCCUCGUCCUCCAUCUUCGACCACGUGGACCGGCUGUCUCGCGCGUCGUCUGACGGGACGCGUCGCCAGGCCAACAAGGUGCAGCUGAUCGCCAUGGAGCCGCGGCCGAGCCCGCCGCCGCUGCACGGGCCGCCACACCUCAGCCCCACGCUCACCGAGAAGGUCAGCACCGAGGUGGCGCUGCGACACAAGUCCGAGAUCGAGCACCACAGGAACAAGCUGCGUCAGCGCGCCAAGCGGCGAGGCCAGUGUGAGUUCCCGUCCAUGGACGACAUCAUGGACGCGUUCGGAGACGGGCCGGUGCAGAGCGAGGUGGCGCAGCGCCUCUACAGCUCCGCCCACGACCACAUGGACUGCAUCCUGCAGGCCGACGGCCACGCCCCCCCCACGCCCUCCGACUCCCGCAGGAGAGGGCGGCGUUCUCCUCGCGGUCGGCGGGCGCCGCCCGGCCCGGGAAGUCUUCCCGACACCGACCGAGACCGACUGCUCACCGAUCACAGCGCCACCUACAGGAAAUACCCGGGACUCAACAACGUGGCCUACAUGUCUGAUCCUGACCUCCCCCAGGCCCCCGGUAGCCCCUCCCCUACAGACGAGGUGUUUGACUCCGCCCCCGCCCCCCCCCCCUACCUGCCCCCCCAGCCCUCCAUCGAGGAGGCCCGGCAGCAGAUGCACUCGCUGCUGGACGACGCCUUCGCCCUGGUGUCCCCGUGCUCGCAGGGCAGCGCCGCGGGGCAGGGUGGGGUAAGCCCCGCCCCCCAGCCCCGCCCGCCGGGCUAUUACCCAGCAGCCCCUGCUCACAGCCCCUUCUCUGCCAGAUACGCAGAGCUGGGAAUGUCUCCCGCAUCCGUCCACGGUCUGCUGCAAAGACCGGGCCUGGGUUCCGGAGGAUUUGUUUCUACCGGAGAGCCGCUGCAGGACUCGGUUUAUUCCAGCAGGGGGCAGUACGAGGACCCCCCCUCCUCGUCCAGACCGCGGCCCGUAGGGGGAAGCACAGGUGCACAGCUGCACCACCUGACCCAGGUGGGUUUGUCCAGUCAGAUCGCAGCGUUCCCCGGCGUGGGCCGCAGCGUGUCCGGGCCCACCGGGUCCAGCUGGAACCAGCAGCACUUGGACCAGGACCUGUCCAGACCCGGAGCCAGCAGAGAGAGCGUGCUGUCCUUUCCCGAGUUCUCCUCGUCUGUUUUCCAGAUGCCCAGCUCCUCGCUGCGGGACGCGUCGGCUCCGCCCCUCCUGAUGACAUCACCGCCCCUCCUGAUGACAUCACCGCCCCCAGAGUACCCCCCCGAGGACGCGUCCCCGUCGGCCCACACCUCGGCCUCGCUCAUCAAGGCCAUCCGGGAGGAGCUGCGCCGCCUGGCCCAGAAACAGGUGGCCGUCCCCAGCUACCCUUAGACCGGUCUGGACCGGUUCAGAGCCGGAAACACGGGACCAGCUACCCUUAGACCGGUCU